AGAUUCAUUUUUUUUUCCUUGUAAUUUUCGGCUUCUUGUUUCCUUGGUCUCUCGGUGGAUUCUUCUUUCUUUUGCCCCAUCGCUUUGUCCCAAUGAGAUCUCUCUGAAUUUUAUCUUUUUGUUUAGCUGGUUGAAUUUUGUCGCGGCGGCAUCGUUCUCUCUGAUUGAAGUGAUUUCGGUGAGAACUUUUUGCACUUUUGGUGGGUGAAACUGUGAAUUUCGAAGCUUCUCGAAGAAAAAAUGUUUCUUGUUGAUUGGUUUUACGGAAUUCUUGCAUCUCUCGGUCUCUGGCAAAAGGAGGCGAAGAUCUUAUUUUUAGGGCUUGAUAAUGCUGGAAAGACUACCUUGCUUCACAUGCUGAAAGAUGAGAGAUUAGUUCAGCAUCAGCCAACUCAAUAUCCGACUUCAGAGGAAUUGAGUAUCGGGAAGAUCAAAUUUAAGGCCUUUGACUUGGGAGGUCACCAGAUUGCUCGCAGAGUCUGGAGAGACUAUUAUGCUCAGGUUGAUGCUGUGGUCUACCUUGUGGAUGCCUUCGAUAAGGAAAGGUUUGCCGAAUCAAAGAGGGAGCUAGAUGCCCUUCUCUCUGAUGAGUCCUUAGCAAAUGUACCUUUCCUUAUAUUGGGAAAUAAGAUUGACUUGCCUUAUGCUGCCUCAGAGGACGAGCUUCGAUAUCAUAUGGGGCUCACAAACUUCACCACAGGCAAGGGCAAGGUCAACUUGGCAGACUCCAAUGUCCGUCCUCUGGAGGUUUUCAUGUGCAGUAUCGUGCGUAAGAUGGGCUAUGGGGAAGGGUUCAGGUGGCUCUCUCAGUACAUCAAAUAGGAUAGUGAAUAGAGUUAGAUAAUAAGUGUGGUCGGAGCAGUUAAUUAUGAUGAUGGUUCUGCUGAUGCAAUCUUUUACUCUGUUCUUGUAUUGAUGUAAAUUGGAUAUGUUGAAUGUUAGUUUUACUUUUGAGACUCGCAUAUUUCUGUUGGGAAAUUUUGUGUAGGCUUGGUUAAGCUUGUGCUGUAUGCAAGUUUAUAUAUUGGUCACCAAAAUGGCAGAACUAAUAGUAGGGUGACGCUGGCUUUCAUGUUCACCCAAAUGUUAUCCUUAUCCUUGAUUAUCAA